AAAUACAAAAGAAUGGAACGCUACUCCAGUAGUAACAAAGCUUCGGGUGGCAGGUGGCUAGGCUAGAUAUUUCCUCGGCGCAGCGAUACUCGUCGAGAGGAGCCGCGCGCCUGGCAACAAGUAGAUCGGGGCAUGGAGGACCUGGGGGUGCUGGCGCGCGGCGAGGGCUGGACGGAGGAGAGGCACGCGGCGUUCCUCGACGGCGUGGAGCUCUCCUUCGUCCAGGAGGUGCUCGGGGGCGCCGGCGCCGGCGUCAGCGACGAAAGGCGGGCGUCGCGUAGGAUCAGCCGCCGCGGGGCGCCGCCUCCGCCGGCCGGUGGGCGCGGGCAGCUCCCGCUGGACCGGCCGCUCCCUGACAGCGCCGUGGAGUCCAACCGCCGGGGACCCUCCAACCGGCCUGCAGCCCGCGACGCCAAAUGACACGGGCGCGCGGCGGAGAUAGCAAUCUGGCUGCAGGUUGCCUCAUGAAUUGGAAGUUAACAAGCUAGUUAAGCGCAUCUGAAUAGAAAAUGAUCAGUCUCCUACCCACGCCUGUGGGCUCCAGUAUUCUUGUACACAUGCCAUGGAAGUGAUGUUUUCUAGGUUCAUACAACAAUGCUCGGACCAGUCCGUGUCCAUGUCCAUGUACCUUUCAGGGUGGGGCAUGAUGAGUUGGUGAUGAGCGUUAUUUCAUUUUCAUUAUCUUAGACUGUUCUAUCUUCUAUUCGUAUCUUGUGUCUCGUGCAUGUUGCUCUCGAUGUGGAUUAUAUAUUUGUAAAUGAAAAUGAAAUAUAUGGGAAUCGAUGUUGCUA